AGCCGCAGAAGAAGAGUAUUCAGCAUGGCGGACCUGCUAGGCUCCAUUCUCAGCUCCAUGGAGAAGCCUCCAACAGUCGGCGAUCAGGAGAGCCGGCGGAAGGCCAGAGAGCAGCAGGCCCGUCUGAAGAAGAUGCAGGAGGAGGAGAAGAGGAAGAAAGCAGAGUUCAGGAAAAAGAUGGAGAAAGAGGUGAAUGAUUUUAUUCAGGACAGCGCUCUGCAGAAGAAGAAAUAUGAACCGAUGGGGAAGAUAGAGAGGAGCAUCCUGCAUGAUGUGGCUGAGGUGGCUGGGCUGACGUCGUUUUCGUUCGGGGAAGAUGAGGAGAGCAGAUACGUCAUGCUCUUCAAGAAGGAAUUUGCCCCGUCGGAUGAGGAACUGGAGGCAUAUCGGAGAGGAGAGGAGUGGGAUGUGGCGAAAGCCGAGGAAAGACGCAAGCUGAAGGAACAGGCCGCGCUGGAGGAAGAAGCCACAAGUCGAACUCAGAAGAGACCCCCGUCCCCCAGCUCCAACUACAGAGACAAAUACAGCCACCUGAUUGGCACAUCUGCUGCUAAAGAUGCCGCUCAUACACUGGAGGCUAACCGUGCUUAUGGCUGUGUCCCUGUGGCCAACAAGAGGGACACACGCUCCAUCGAAGAGGCCAUGAACGAGAUUAGAGCCAAAAAACGACUGAAGAAGGGAGAAGAGGACGUGGGGGCCGGCAGCAGCGGCUUAUGAGGCCGAAAAAGAGUGGGUGUGCAUGCUUGUGUGUGUGAGGCUUAGAGACAGGGUCUGUAGUUAUACUGUUAAAGAAGUGUUCCUGUACAGUAUUGUACUCUAUAGCAAUAUUUAACAUGUACUGAUGCCCAUUAGGGCCAAUGAGAUGUGCUGUAAGUGAAUUUUAAUAUGUGAGAGAAUCUAUACAAGCACUGUUCAACCAUCUCUCUGGACUUGACCGCGUCAACUGUUUCCUCUUCCCUCAUAUUAUUUGUCUUAAGCGGUAGUUCGGCGAAAAUUAAGCUUGCUUCUUUAGUUUGAGCACUGAAGCUAUGAGGCUAAUACAGCUACCAAGACAUGGAAGCUUAUAUCCCACCAUUUAGCAUCGUUCAGAUUCCUCAUAACUUGGAACUUAAGAGGUUUGAAAAGUGACAAAAAUACAUUGCAUGGACAAAAACAGCAGCAACCACUUUGAUGGCAGAAUUUAGUCCAUGUUUAUAGAUAACAGAGUGUCAUACAGUGCCAGAAACCACCUGAUCAUGUCUAUUGGAGAUUAUUUACCACCUCUACAUGGUUUGAGGCAGGUUUGGAAAGUGCUAUAAACUGGUGGGGUAUAAGCUUCCAUAACUUUUAGUGGCCUCCAGUGCAAAACUAAAGGAGCAGAUGUUUUUCCUAGUUUUGAGUUUUGAGAGUUUUUGUCAAACUAUCGCUUUAAAGCUAUUAUUGUAGGGCACAAAUGAUGAGUUUUAAUUUUUCAGGUACAUGUCACCUCUUUAAGACAGCUGGUGUGUCUAACUGUAAGUGUGCUGUCAUAGAUUUUAUGACUGUAGUGACCUCUAGUGGCUGCAUUGAGGCACAACAGCGAAUAACUUUAAAAGGAAUAGUUCAGUCAUUGCUGUUUUAUCCACUGUUAGCCAUGUAAGAUUUGUUUGGCUGGACUAUCCCUUUAAACGUAUGUUUUUAUCAGCCUAUAAUCCCGUUUUGUCCUGUUGCAUCCAUGUCCGCCGAUGCAUAUGGAAGUGUUAAUGUAAAAUUUGUAUACUUUUAAUGUUCCCUACAGUCAACCUAUGCUCCUCAAACACUAAGAGUCUGAUUUAUUGAGCCAUUUAGAACCUGGUAGGGGAAAGAGGUAAAUGCUUUGAUCAGAUCUAGUCCAAUGAGGGUUUUUACUGAUAAGAAAACUGGUCUGGUGUUCUAGCAAAUAGAAGACAGCAGGGAGUCUGCAGUUUAUCAGUGAAGCCUUUUAAUGCCUUGGCUUAAAAGAGUCUAAGGCCUAAAUGAGUCAGUAUCAUCAGUGUCGUUAAUAAUCACCCUGUUAAUCGACUCCUCCUCUAGAGUCGUAUUGCACAUUUUACACGUUUAUUUGAUAAUGUUUUCUGAAUAGUUGUGUCUUUUUGACUGGCUUAUGUGUUUGUUUUCUUUUAAGGUUUAAAUAAACAAAGAUCAAUGUUGGUGAAA